AUGAAGGCUAUCCAAUUGACAGAAUACGUCAAGGGCCCCCUCGACCUAACCCCCACCACCCUCCCUCGCCCAACCCCCAAACCAGACGAAUCCCUCAUCCGCAUCCACGCCGCCGCAACAAACUUCUUCGACCUCCUCCAAAUCGCCGGGAAAUACCAGAAUCAACCACCCUUCCCCUGGAUCGCAGGUGCCGAAUUCGCCGGGAUCGUCGAGGAGAUCGGCGCCGGCUCUUCCUCUUUCAAAACGGGUGAUAAGGUGUUUGGGUACGUUCAGGGUGCGUAUGCCGAGUACUGCUGUGUCAAAACAUCCACACUCCUUCCUGUUCCGAAGGGUUGGUCAUUUGCGGACGCGGCGGGGUUGUUUAUUACUGCGCCGACGAGUUAUGCAGCGUUGACGAUCCGUGCGGAAGCGAAGAGGGGGGAGUGGGUUUUGGUGCAUGCGGGUGCGGGUGGGGUGGGGUUGUUUGCGAUUCAGGUUGCGAAGGCGGUUGGGUGUACGGUUAUUGCUACUGCGUCUACGGCGGAGAAGUUGGCGAUAUGUAAACGAUUUGGAGCGGAUCAUGUCAUCAGCUAUUCGGACACUGAUUGGGUGAAGGAAGUCCUGCGCUUGCGUCCAGGCGGGGUCGAUAUCGUCUUCGACCCCGUUGGCCUCAUUAACCAAUCCCUCAAAUGCACAGCCUGGAACGGGCGUCUCCUCAUCAUCGGUUUCGCCGCCGGUGCAAUCGAGCAAGUCCCCAUGAAUCGAGUACUCCUGAAGAACGUCAGUCUCGUCGGUGUGCAUUGGGGCGAGUACAUGAAGAAAGGCGUGGAAGCGGGGACUGUGGAGAGGGUUUGGAGGGACAUUUUGGGGAUGAUUGGGGAGGGGAAGAUUAAGCCUAUUACGAAUGAGAAGGUUUAUGAGGGGCUGGAGAACGUUGGGAAGGCGUUGAAAGCUCUUGGUGCGAGGGAGACUUGGGGGAAGGUUGUGGCCAAGGUGUGUGAGGAUGGGGAUAAGAAGCCUACGGAGGUGGUGGCGAAGCUUUAA